AUGACUAAGCGAACAAAGAAGGUUGGAAUCACCGGUAAGUACGGUGUCAGAUACGGUUCUUCUCUCCGAAGACAGUGCAAGAAGCUCGAAAUCCAGCAGCACUCCCGAUACGACUGUACCUUCUGCGGUAAGACCACCGUUCGACGAGGUGCCGUUGGUAUCUGGACCUGUUCCGCCUGCAAGAAGACCGUUGCCGGUGGUGCUUACACCGUCUCCACUGCUACCGCCAACACCGUCCGAUCUACCAUCCGACGACUGCGAGAGCUCGCUGAGGCCUAA